CACAGCCAUAAGUUGGGUGCAGCAGCCAUAGGGAAUUGUUCAAACCCAUGCCGUAUCACAAUGGAAGUCCUCAAACUUUGGAGAGUCACCAGUCCUUCUGGACUCCACCGUGUGCCCGUUCCCAAAGCGAUGUCCUUUUUGUCUUUCAAUGGCAACAGUUUGAGCAAACUUCAGGAGGGCUCACUUUCACGUACGCAUCGGGACUUGUCAAGUAAUAAAAUCCAGACCAUUGAGAUGAAUUCACGUGAAGCUGUCCUGUUUGUGCAGCUUAUAGACCUCAGCAGCAAUCUUAUUGAGAAGCUCACUCCUGGGGCAUUCGAGGCCCGGCAUGGAAUGCAGUUUUUGCUCAAGAUGGUUCUCAACCAUCAUCCGCUGAAAGUCAUUGAUGAUGCCAGUUUUUACAGGCUUCCCUCACUGAAGCUUCUAAACCUUAGUUCUACAGAAAUGACCCCAAAGAUAUUAGAGGACCUGCUCCAGACCUCCCAGCAAUUGAAGACUCUCAUCUUGCCUAACAAGAUAUUCUGCUGUCUUUGCCGUAUGAAGGAUGACAUUGAAGUUUUGUCUGAUACGAUAAAGUUGGACUGCACCGACACAUGUACCACAAACGAAACUCUCUGCGAGAAAGAUGAGGCUUUGAACAGGAUGCAAAAAGAAGUAAUGAAGGCGUUGGAAAUCAGGAAGCUGAAUGCCAGCAGUACACUGAACAUUGUGCCUGAGAAACUUUUACACAGCAACAUAACAAUGAAGGUCACCGUGAGGCAGAGAAACACCAAUUUAGGUGAACUCAACCCAGACCUUUUGAAAUCGGUCCAGGAAUUAGGUAAGCUGAAACCUGAAGAGGUCCUGCAAAUCAAGUGGAAUGACACGUCUGAACUGAAAAAGCUGUACAUGCUGGCCAAUUUGCUACAGAUGGCACUCAGAGAACAAGUUACAGAAGACUUGAUAAGUUACAUACUUAUCAUUCUGAAACAUGUCAGUGAGUCAAGCCAGCAAGACUGCUCUCUGCAUGAGGAAGAAACAGCGGCUCCCAGUACCACUACCACCACCACUACUACCACUAGCACCACUAGUCCCACUAGUCAGAGUUUGCUGCUGGAGGGUACGCCCAGCUCUUCCCAAAAUGAACCUAGUGAAGGAAACUCAGAGCAGACAUCAGAGAAUGCACCAUUAAUGUCAAAGGAGGCGCUGCUCAACCAGCUCACGCGUGGAACUCAGGAAGGUGGUGUGCCCCAAAUCCCAGGAGAUAACGCAGAGGCACCCCAAAUCCCAGGAGAUGACACAGAGGCCUCCCAUGAGACACACUGGGAGCAUCAUGAAGUGAAGACCACUGCUCGCCACAAGCUGAACAUCUUGCCCACUGAUGAUGACUACUUGCUUCAAGGGGACCUUUUUGAAGCUGAGCUGAACAAGCGGCUAUCGCCCCUUAUCCCAAACACACCAGUGAGGAACCUCAUAUCCCACACACUCCGUAUCCUCAAAAUGGACUGCACAAUGUCCAGGGUCCAGCUGGCCUGUGCUAUGCUAAUCUCCAGAACAGGUCUCCUCAUGAAACUAUUCAGUGAGAGAGAAAACUUCAUGGAUAACUCCGCCUUGUGGAAGUCAUACUUCUUGUCUAUGAAGUAUGUCUCCAACUUGGCCACAGGAAGUCCAAGAAAACUGGGGAAAUCUGAGGUAAGAGGCAAACCUUGUCAAGCCUGAGGGGUUGUCAAGACUACUAAUGGGUUGUCGGGAGCUUG